AUGGAUAAGAUUACUGAACUUGAAAAAGAAAACAUCAAAAUUAAAGGUGAGAAUGUGAAGUUAAAACAGGGCAUAGAUGAACUUAAAAAAGAACUAGAAUUUAAGAAAAAUCGCAAAUUUCAGGAGAAAUGCAUCCUAAUAGCUCGAGUAUUGCUUGGAGAGGAACCCGUAGUCGAAUAUCGUCCAUCUUUUAUGGAGGGAUUAGAACUUGAUGCCUUCUUCCGAAGUAAUCGAAUUGCGUUAGAGGUACAAGGGGCGCAACAUCGGCUUCAUAAUACCAGUUGGUAUAAAGAUAUCAAAAAACUCGAGGAUAUUUUCGAAGGCUGGGAGGCGGCUUUGGAUCCUGACAGCCUCAGCCUUCUUUCAUUCUUAAGUUACCGCAAAACAAAAGAUGAUUUUACUUAUGAUAGGCAGAUCGAACACUUAUCGAUAUCUAAGAUAGGGAGGAGUUGGGCUAUUAUGCCAAAACAACCACCUAAGUGGCCUGAUUACGUAUCGGGUUGGGACUGGCUUCAAGCAAAAAGGGAAGAUGUGAAGAUGUUCUGGGCAAGAAUCGAAUUCGAGCAAGCAGGAAUGCAGUUGAGACACGCUGAGGCUCAGUUUGCUCUCAAUCAAACUCUCACGGGAAAUAAAGCCAAUGAUAUUUUGAACGAGAUGAAAUUGGAUUUCAUAUCGAGUCAGAAGAAUAAUAAUGGAAAACGCCUAUCAGAAUCGACAAUAGAUGACAAUAUCAUGGUCUCAGUUUCUUCAGCUAACAAGAAGGUUAAAACCACCAAUUCCACAUCCGAAGAUGAUGGUGACAAAUCACCUACCAAAUCUAAUUUGGAAGAAAAUGAUGCGCAAUUAAUUGAGGAGAUCACACAAGAACUAAAUGCAGAGAUCGCACAAGAGAGACAGUAUAAUCUCAGAGAACGAAAAGAAAUCAACUAUGCCGAAAUUUCAGGCUCAGACAUAGAUCCAUAUCAUGUAAUUAUUCUUGUUACUUUCUUGCAUAAUAAAAAAUAUCCAAUUCUCAUUAUUUUUCUUUAUUUUGUUGGAAACCGUCGAGGAAAGUUUAUUUGGGAAGAUCGAAAAGCUUCUCAAAAUGAGAAACAAAUUGAUCAUAGGCAAAUCGAUAACCCUAAAACUGGAGGAGAUUUUUCAAACGGACUACGCAGAAAUUAG